UGCCAACGACUGUACGAACGGCAGACUCGCUGGAUAUUUGUCAACAUCACCAUGGUGCAGACCGCGUCGUAAUCGAUUUGAUGUACAGCGUCAGUGCGUCUCGGAUACAGUUUUCUAAGACCCAAAGAGUGACGUACAGGGAAGUGAUGCGGUACCCUCAGCGUCGUACCACAAAGCUGUCUACAGUUGAUGGACUUGACAUUUAGGUAUCGACAAAGUUCCUGCUGCCUGCACAAGGGAUAGAAAUACUUGCAGAUCAUGUUCUCCCACUACUAACUACCAAAUUGCCAGUGCCGUGCUCCUGGAGACCAGGGCCUGCGGGUCGCCAGAAGGACAAGUCACUGUCAAAUUAAUACAGAGCGAUCGUGAUUUGCGAGCAGGCGGGGCGACACAGCGACGUCUUUACAAGAAAAUCCACCGCUGAAGUCAUUGACAAGCUGCCAUUGGUAUUGUCACAACUUCUUUUGCACCAUGGUAGCCAAGACAAUUUCUUCAAACUCUUCAUUUGGCUACUCCUCCCAUUGCCAACUCUCACAUGACCGGGCAUCUCCCAGUGACGCAGCAAUCAUCAUUAGCGCCUCAAAUAUGCCAGCGUCUACCUCCAACAAGAAAGCGUCCUCCUUCACUCGUGCCCAUUCUCUCGAAAUCCCAGACGUCGACGGAGACGGAGACUUUCCGAUGAUCGACUUGGACCAAGAAACACCGAACAUUCUCGACAUUUGCGUCUCCGACGACCUAUGGCCACAAGAUCUACCGAAUGAAAGUGAAGACUCGUUUGCUCGUAAUUCAGCAUUUAGUUCUACGGCCGUGCUGCUCGACACUACAGCAAAAACCACUCGUGAAGCAAAGCUGGAUAAGCCCAAGCGUGUCAAAAGACUCACCCCCAAACAAAAGAUAGACGCAUUGCAUGACAAAGUCAACGAGCUGGCCGCUCAUUUACAAGAGCUGAAGGUUGAAGCUUCACGUCAAAAGAAACUGGCUGCUCAACGAAAACUGAGAGAUCUGAUGAGACCAACGCGCUCACAGCUCUGGAAGCAAAUUGCCAAGCGACAGCUAGAGCAGCGCCAACAAUCUGAGGAGGAAAAUCUGAAGCUGCGCCAGAUGAUGGGAAUGCAGGUUCAAGAAGCCAGGAACUUGCGCCGUGUGCUAAAACGCCGGACAAAACUCGAGAUGCUGGAAGAUAUGAUAAGAAUGCAGUGCCACAAGAGUGGAACGGAUGCUGGAGUGAAUGCAAGUGUGGUCAAAGAGGAAGGACAAGUUUAUCAGCAGAUACCCAGCGGUAUCUUUUCGACUGGACUGGAGCAUAAAGGAAUCAACGCCAGCCUCGGUUGUGUUUAUACCAAACACACCGAUCCAAGAUGCUUACAGGGUGUGUUUUAGCUCUAGAAAUUGACACUGGCUGGCUGUCCGUUAAUAAGUGUUGUAUACGUUAAUACUACUACUAGUACAUACUAUGUAUAGUAAAUCAUGAUGGCAUAACUUGAUUAGAAAAAAUGGCGAAAAGCAACCACCUAUGAGAUUAACAAUUAUUAGAGUAGUUUUCUAAAACUGUGGCUCACUCCCGA